UUCCUUUAACUUGAAACUCAUAAUUCAACAUUCAUCACUUGUACUACUUGUUAUCACACCAAAUACAAUCUUUAUAGUCUUACCUGUAUAUAUUAAUUUAGUGCACGAAGAUGGUUAAACCCUUUUGGAGAAUAGGUUCCGGUACUGAGAGAAGUAAGAUCAGUCCAACAAAGAAUGAUGGCUUGACAUGGUAUAAAGACCUUGGCCUUCACGCCUUUGGAGAGUUUUCGAUGGCGAUGAUCCAAGCCAACAGUGUGAUGGAGGAUCAGUGCCAGAUCGAAUCAGGGCCAUUGACGUUCAACAAUCUUGCAGUCCAAGGCACGUUCGUUGGAGUUUACGAUGGUCAUGGAGGUCCAGACGCUUCCAGAUUCAUUGCAGACAACAUCUUCCCCAACUUAAAGAAGUUUGCCUCCGAGGGUGGAGAGGUUUCCGAGGACGUGAUUAGGAACGCGUUUGCAGAGACAGACGAAGAUUUUCUCAACGCAGUGAAGAAGCAAUGGCGCAAGAACCCCCAGAUGGCAUCUGUGGGGUCAUGUUGCUUGGCAGGAGUGAUAUGCAACGGUCUGGUGUACAUCGCAAACGCAGGAGACUCAAGGGCUGUGUUGGGACGAUAUGAGAGAGGUGGUGGAGUGAGAGCUGUUCAGUUAUCAGUAGAGCACAAUGCAAACGUAGAGUCUGCGAGACAAGAGUUGUGGUCAAUGCAUCCUAAUGACCCUGACAUCCUUGUGAUGAAGCACCGUAUGUGGCGUGUGAAAGGCAUCAUCCAGGUCACAAAAUCUAUUGGGGAUGCAUAUCUCAAAAGAGCAGAGUUCAAUAGAGAGCCGUUGCUUCCCAAAUUCAGAGUAGCAGAACAUUUCACCAGGCCAAUACUAAGCGCGGAUCCAUCAGUUACGGUUACUAGGCUUAAACAAGAAGAUGAGUUUAUGAUUCUUGCUUCAGAUGGGCUUUGGGAGCAUCUUAGCAACCAGGAAGCUGUUGAUAUUGUACAUAACUCCCCUCGCCAAGGAAUAGCAAGGAGACUACUCAAAGCUGCAUUGAAGGAAGCAGCAAAGAAAAGAGAGAUGAGAUACUCAGACUUGCAAGAGAUCCUUCCUGGUGUGAGAAGGCAUUUCCAUGACGACAUAACUGUUAUUGUUGUCUAUCUCAACACACAAACCAAUGGUUGGGCUUCUCCACUGUCAAUUAGAGGUGGCUACCCAUGAACCUAUCUCUCACUACAUUAUUGCCAGUGUCAUGCCUAAGAAGAGGCAGAAGAAACUGGAACCGGAGGCGUGAACCACAUUUAGUAUGGCUAGAAAAAUAUUUAUAUUGCGAUAUCUUUGAUAUGUUAUGUUGUUUUUAAGAAAACAUAAAUUCAAAUUCACCCCUGUAUGCAAAUUGUACAAGAGGGACAUCAUCAAUGUCAAUGCUGCUAGUUUUUUCAGAAGCAUAAAAAUAGCUUUGAGCAUAAACGACAUAAGUGGUGAUUAAUAAGCAGAAUAACAACAUUUGGAAAAUAAGUAAAACUGAAUGUUACAUUCCCUUGAUAAAAAGUUUUCUGGCGCUUGAUUCAAAGUUAUCAACAAAGUUUUAUCUAAAAACUAUUACAGACUCGAGAAAUAGAGUAGCAUAAGAAAGCCAGCAACGUCCCAGUCCCACGAACAGAGAUUUAACGCCCCUUCACUUCCACUGCCAUAGAGACCAGAGAAAUAGAAACCAACAAGCACUUCUAUAGUUCUAAUGAUAUGUCUUAGAUGAUUGACAAAGGAAUUCUGAAGUAGCGGCUUAACAGAUCAUAUGAAUAAGCAAACCAAACAACGACACAUGGUAAUGGAAUCCGUUUUGCAUGCAAUAGACUUCUGAUAGAUAAGCUAGGCAUUGGCACAACUCAAAAGCAAUCAACAGAUUCAACAUUACUAAUUUCUAACAAGCCUAGGAACACAUUCUCAAGAACAUCAUAUAACAAUCUCUAUUGAUGCGCAGUGCUAGAAAGACCAUCCACAUUUCCAAAUAGUUUAACGAAAUAAAGGCACUACUCAUUCUAACUUACCAAUUCAAGCACCUGCAACAUGAAAAACAUCAAAACGAGCCACUUCAGAACUCCAAGGUCCUAACACAUUUGCUUUUCUAAGACAAUCAGAACUAUAGGUUACUUUAUUGAUUUCUCAUGAUCUCAUCUGGUGACGGUUUAGCUUCCGUCCAUCUGAGAGAACCAUUGCAUGACCACAUAACUCCACGACCAAACUUCGACCUUAAUAAAGACGCUACCUACGGGGGACUUCUAAUGCAGAAACAUAAAGAGAGAAUCAAGCAGCCAGAGAGGGAAUCAUAAAACGCUAGAACACUACCU